AUGUUUCAUGGCCAGGGUGAGGGAGUCCAUUACAUAACACUAUCUAUCUAUCUAUCUAUCUAUCUAUCUAUCUAUCUGUUAGAUACCCUUUUGUUUCUUUUCCUUUCCCAGAGACCCCCCUUUUGUUUCUCUUCCUUCCCAAGAGAAACCCCUUUUGUUUCUAUUCCUUCCCCAGAGACCCCCCACUUUCUUUCUCUUCCUUCCCAGAGACCCCCCUUUUGUUUCUCUUCCUUCCCAAGAGAAACCCCUUUUGUUUCUAUUCCUUCCCCAGAGACCCCCCACUUUCUUUUCUCUUCCUUCCCAGAGACCCCCUUUUUGUUUCUCUUCCUUCCCAAGAGAAACCCUUUUGUUUUUAUUCCUUCCCGAGAGACCCCCCACUUUCUUUCUCUUCCUUCCCAGAGACCCACCUUUUGUUUCUCUUCCUUCCCAAGAGAAACCCCUUUUGUUUCUAUUCCUUCCCCAGAGACCCCCCACUUUCUUUCUCUUCCUUCCCAGAGACCCCCCUUUUGUUUCUCUUCCUUUCCCAGAGCCCCUUUUCUUUCUCUUCCUUCCCCAGAGACCCUCCCUUUCUUUCUCUUCUUUCCCCAGAGACCUCCUUUUGUUUCUAUUCCUUCCCCAGAGAAUCCCUUUUGUUCCUCUUCUCUCCCCAGCAACCCCAAAAUCUUUAAAUAUAUCUUCUCUCUUCUCCUUUUUCUCUCUUCUUCUUCUUCUCUCUUCUUCUCUCUUCUUCUCUCUUCUUCUUCUUCUCUUUCUUCUCACUUCUUUUUCUCUCUUCUUUUUUCUCUCUCUUCUUCUUCUCUCUUCCUCUUCUUCUUUUUCUCUCUUUAUCUUUUUCUCUCUUCUCCUUCUCUCUUCUUCUUCUCUCUUCUCCUCUCUUCCCCUUCUUCUCUCUUCUUCUUUUCUCUUCUCCUUCUUCUCUCUUCUCCUUUUUCUCUCUUCUUCUUCUCUCUUCUCCUUCUUCUCUUUCUUCUCUCUUCUCCUUCUUCUCUUUCUUCUCUCUUCUCCUUCUUCUCUCUUCUCCUUCUUCUUCUUCUUCUUCAAAUCCUCUUCCCUUUCUAUUACACCCAACAUCUUUUUUGUAUCUAUCUCUUUUCAUGUCUCUUUUCAUAUCUGUCUUUCUUUUUUCAUAUCUAUCUAUCUAUCUAUCUAUCAAACUGCUAUCUAUCUAACAGUCUCUUGACUAUCUAUCUAUCUAUCUAUCUAUCUAUCUAUCUAUCUAUCUCUUUUCAUAUCUAUCUAUCCCUUUUCAUAUCUAUCUAUCUAUCUAUCUAUCUAUCUAUCUAUCUAUCCCUUUUCGUAUCUAUCUAUCUAUCCAUCUAUCUAUCUAUCCCUUUUCAUAUCUAUCUAUCUAUCUAUCUAUUUUCAUAUCUAUCUAUCUAUAUAUAUAUAUAUAUAUAUAUCUUUUCAUAUCUAUCUAUCUAUCUAUCUAUCUAUAUAUCUCUUUUCAUAUCGAUCUAUCUAUCUAUCUAUCCCUUUUCAUAUCUAUCUAUCUAUCUAUCUAUCCCUUUUCAUAUCUAUCUAUCCCUUUUCAUAUCUAUCUAUCUAUCUAUCUAUCUAUAUAUCUCUUUUCAUAUCUAUCUAUCACUUUUCAUAUCUAUCUAUCUAUCUAUCUAUCUAUCUAUCUAUCCCUUUUCAUAUCUAUCUAUCUAUCUCUUUUCAUAUCUAUCUAUCCCUUUUCAUAUCUAUCUAUCUAUCUCUUUUCAUAUCUAUCUAUCCCUUUUCAUAUCUAUCUAUCUAUCUAUCUCUUUUCAUAUCUAUCUAUCCCUUUUCAUAUCUAUCUAUCUAUCUAUCUAUCUAUCUAUCUAUCUAUCCCUUUUUGUAUCUAUCUAUCUAUCCAUCUAUCUAUCUAUCCCUUUUCGUAUCUAUCUAUCUAUUUUCAUAUCUAUCUAUCUAUAUAUAUAUAUAUAUAUAUAUAUCUUUUCAUAUCUAUCUAUCUAUCUAUAUAUCUCUUUUCAUAUCGAUCUAUCUAUCUAUCCCUUUUCAUAUCUAUCUAUCCCUUUUCAUAUCUAUCUAUCUAUCUAUAUAUCUCUUUUCAUAUCUAUCUAUCUAUAUAUCCCUUUUCAUAUCUAUCUAUCCCUUUUCAUAUCUAUCUAUCUAUAUAUCUCUUUUCAUAUCUAUCUAUCUAUAUAUCUCUUUUCAUAUCUAUCUAUCUAUAUAUCUCUUUUCAUAUCUAUCUAUCCCUUUUCAUAUCUAUCCCUUUUCAUAUGUAUCUAUCUAUCUAUCUAUCUAUCUAUCCCUUUUCAUAUCUAUCUAUCCCUUUUCAUAUCUAUCUAUCUAUCUAUCUAUCUAUCUAUCUAUCCCUUUUCAUAUCUAUCUAUCCCUUUUCAUAUCUAUCUAUCUAUCUAUCUAUCUAUCUAUCUAUCUAUCUAUCCCUUUUCAUAUCUAUCUGUCCUGUCUAUACAUCUAUCUAUCUAUCUCAGUCUGUUCAUCUACCUCAUUCUGUUCAUCUACUUAUCUACUUCAGUCUGUUCAUCUAUCUAUCUACCUCAGUUCAUCUAUCUAUUUACCUCAGUCAGUUCAUCUAUCUACCUCAGUUCAUCUAUCUAUCUACCUCAGUCUGUUCAUCUAUCUACCUCAGUUAGUUCAUCUAUCUCAUUCUGUUCAUCUACUUAUCUACCUCAGUCUGUUCAUUUAUCUAUCUACCUCAGUUCAUCUAUCUAUCUACCUCAGUCAGUUCAUCUAUCUAUCUACCUCAGUCUGUUCAUCUAUCUCAUUCUGUUCAUCUACCUAUCUACCUCAGUCUGA